AUGACCACUGAACUAGUGAAAAAGGCAGAAGACGCCUAUGUUUGGCAUAAGCUUGUUGGUUGGUCUCCAGGGGGGAGGCUUGGGUAUGAUGGGUGCCUUGUGAACCCGGUAAUUCUCAUAGGUGGUGUUGAGGGUGAUGAAUAUCUCGAACCUAGGCUUGGGUGUGACCGAGUGGAGCACGAUCAUUUGUCCUUGAAGGGUUGCUUUCGUCGGAUUGAUGGUGGUUACCGUGUCUACCAUGCUUGCUACUACUGA